AUGGACAACCAGGACCCGCAUCCUGAAAUCGUCGUCUCACCUCCUCCCGAUACCAUGUAUCCCAAUAAUAACGCACAUUCUCAAGAUAUUCCUUACGAUCCUUUGCCAUUGACUCAAGAUCCACCCAGGGACUCUCUUUACAAUGACCCUUCCUCUCCCCAUGAUUCCGGUUUCAACACUCCUCCUGUCGAAAUGUCUUAUUUUUCGGACACAACUCCCCCCGGUGCCGCCCAACCACGUUUUCUCGGCGCUGCUUUAUACGACGAUCCCUCUAACGGAUAUCGAGAUUCCUUCGCCUCACAGCACACCCAAAACACCUUCAUAACCGCACCUUCCGUCGUCACGUCCUCUGUCUACGCUUUGAACCAAAACACUUCUGACGCUGAAAAUUCUGUUGCCUAUCGUGAUGAUCCCAAUGACCCUGAGUACAAUUCUGGCUCUGGUCAGCCUGUGAAUAUCAGCAGCCCUCGUUAUCUUGCUGAGAAGCGGUCAGCAUACACAACCCCACGUGUAAAAUCAAAGCGCGGACUUAUCAUAGCUGGCUCAAUUCUUGCAGCUGUCAUAGUACUCAUUGCUAUUGUUGUUCCCAUAUAUUUCGUAUUGGUCAAGCCGAAAUCAACAUCGUCCAAUAAUAGCUCCGUUUCUCCCAGCAAUCCCACAUCAACCUCGACCUCGUCCGGUCAACCUGGAUCUACUGAUGUAGUCACGGGUGGCAACGGCAGCACGAUUACAACGGAGGAUGGUACUACCUUCACGUACUUGAACCCUUUCGGUGGCACCUGGUAUUGGGAUCCCCAAGAUCCAUUCAACAAUAAUGCUCAGGCUCAGUCGUGGACCCUUCCUCUCAACCAGACCUUCAGGUUCGGCAUUGAUAAGAUUUUUGGCGUUAAUUUGGGCGGUUGGCUUACUACAGAACCAUUUAUGCAAGUAUAUCCUCGCUGCGGAGCACCCGCUCUUUAUCAGAAAUACCCUACAGCUAUUGAUGAGUGGACACUGAGCCAGGCCAUGGCCGCUGACACAUCACCGGGUGGCGGUUUGUCGCAACUGGAAACGCAUUAUCAAACGUUCAUUACCGAGCAAGAUUUUGCCGAAAUCGCUGGAGCAGGACUGAACUUUGUCCGCAUUCCUCUUCCAUACUGGGCGAUCGAGGUACGAUCAGGCGAACCGUUCCUUCCCAAGACCUCGUGGACAUAUUUCUUAAAGGCUAUUCAGUGGGCUCGUAAGUAUGGUCUUCGCAUCAACCUCGACUUCCAUGCCCUUCCUGGAAGCCAGAAUGGGUGGAAUCACUCCGGCAAGUUCGGGUCAAUAAACGUUCUUUACGGCCCAAUGGGCAUUGCAAACGCCCAGCGGUCACUAGAUUAUAUUCGGAUCAUUGCGGAAUUCAUCUCUCAGCCUGAGUACAAGGAUGUUGUUGUCAUUUUCGGUAUUACAAACGAGCCCCAAGGAACCCCGAUCGGCAAGGAUGCUCUCUCUCGGUUUUAUAUGCAGGCAUACGACUACGUCCGCGAGGCUUCGGGCAUUGGGGAAGGCAAUGGUCCCUUCAUUUCCUACCACGAUGGAUUUCUCGGUCUUCCUCAAUGGGCUGACUGGCUCCCGAAUGCUGACCGCAUUGCUCUCGAUGAUCAUCCCUACAUCUGCUUUGAUGGCCAGUCUUCUGCCCCUAUGUCAUCUUACGCUCAGACUCCAUGCACUACCUGGGGUGCCUUGAUGAACACCUCCAUGAAUGCAUUCGGGUUCACAGCUGCCGGAGAAUUCAGUAAUGCUGUUACUGACUGCGGUCUUUAUCUGAACGGCGUGGGACUUGGAACACGUUAUGAGGGUACAUAUACUCCAGGAACUUGGCCUGUCGUAGGGAGCUGCACGCCAUGGACGGACUGGCAGAGCUGGAACGCGACCAUGAAAUCAAGCAUCGAGCAAUUCGCCUUGGCCAGCAUGGACGCUUUGCAGAACUGGUUCUUCUGGACUUGGAAGAUCGGAAACUCUUCUACUUCUGGUGUGGUCGAGUCACCGCAAUGGUCGUACCAACUUGGUCUGCAGAAUGGAUGGAUGCCCACAGACCCUCGAGUUGCAUCAGGAACAUGCGCAAAUCAAGGUAUAUGGAGUCCUCCUCUCCAGGCAUGGCAAACAGGAGGUGCAGGUGCAGGCCAGAUUGCUGCAGCCGUCACUUCAUCAUACACCUGGCCGCCUGCUACGAUCAGUAAUGCCGGCGCUGUCUCUUUGUUACCUUCCUAUACCCCAACGGGAACUGUGGCGACCCUUCCUCCUCCUACAUUCACAUACUCUUCUGGUCAUUCUGUUAAAACCGCCAAUGCUGGCAAUGGCUGGGAUAAUCCUUCGGAUACUGCAAGUGGAAUGGUUGGGAUUGCAACAUGCAGCUAUCUCAAUCCAUGGAUUGGGACCGCCGCACCGCCCUCGCCCCUUUGUAGCAGUGGAGCUACCGCACGAGCGGUUCCUGCUCCGCUUAUCACCUCUAACGCUCGUCGUCAAUCAUAA